GCGUUGCACGGAGCGACACAUUCCGUCUAAUGCCGCGGAUUCAGCAGGGAGGGUUACGGCUCUCCUCCCUCCCAUAAUUGUUUUAGAGUUUAAUUAAUUGCACACGGAAGUGCAGUGUGGACUGUGAGAGGGUUUUGUCUCGACAGCUGUGCGUAGUGCCUUGUCUUGUGUUGCCUGUUCGCUUGAGACAGUAUUGUCACUGGACACGAGUGUUGCAUGGUGUGAAUCAAAUUGGCCUCGGAUGAAGCUGCAGACAUACAAGUCUGUUUUAUUUUCAGUGCGCAUGUGCGGGUGACUGGAGUGAUGGGGUGGGGCCAGAGCCCCAUGGAGUUCGGUUAGGACCGUCUCCCCCCCUCCCCAGCCCCCCCGCUAAUCCCACUCCAAGAACAGCAUGGAUCAACCCGACCGGGACCGCGGGCAUAGGCCUCUUGCCUUUGACAAGAUGGAGGGGCUGGUGCGGGAGAUGCAGGAUCCAGAAACCGGAGUCCCGGUGCGGAGCCAAAAGCUGUUUCUAACUUCAAUCCCUUCUGCCUUCUCAGGCUAUGACCUUAUUGAAUGGCUGAUGGAGCGCCUCAACAUAGAAGAAUCAGUUGAGGCUGUCCACAUAGGUAGCCAACUCUGCCAGUAUGGGUACUUUUUUCCUGUCAGUGAUUCAAAAAAUCUGGUCGUCAAAGAUGACAGUUCACUUUAUCGCUUCCAGACCCCUUACUAUUGGCCAUGGCAACAUCGUAGUCCUGACAACAUUGAAUAUGCUAUCUAUUUGGUAAAGCGGACACUUCGCAACAAACAGCGCCAUGGCCUGGAGGAGUAUGAAAUGGAAGCGCUUGCCAGUUUGAAGAAGAACUUGCAGAACAAAUGGGACUUUAUAUCCAUGCAGGCAGAGGAACAGGUCCGCUUAGCAAAAGAGCGCAAGAAGGGUGACAAAAUCGUGAGUGACAGCCAGGAGCGAGCAUACUGGCGAGUGUAUCGGCCCCCUCCAGGGUACCUGAGUGUUCUAGAACCAGUCCCAGUCCCCGACAGAAGCAAAGGUGGAUGUCGUGCUAAGAAAAAGAUGCCUGAAGAUCUUAAACGUGAGGUGGACUUCUUGCGGAGCUGUCUUGUGAGGACCCGUGUUAAGGUAUCACAAGCAUUAGACAACCUGGUUCAGCAUUGUGAAACAUAUGCAGAGUAUGAUCCAUUCAUCUCAGGAGCCCAGCCAUCCAACCCAUGGAUCUCUGAAGACCAGACUUUCUGGGAGAUAAAUAGUCCAUUGGUUGAAAUACCAACAGAAAAGAGGGUGAAGCGAUGGGCUAUAGCAAUGGAAGAGUUGGUCUCGGAUCCAACAGGGCUGAAAGAAUUCACCAGCUAUUUGAGCAAGGAAUAUAGCCAUGAAAAUAUCAGGUUUUGGAUGGCAGUGAACGACCUGAGACGAAGUGCACAGUCCCAGAUUCAGCGCAAAGUGAGGGAAAUUUUUGACGAAUUCCUGGCCCCUGGUGCCCCAUGUGAAAUCAACAUUGAUGGGAAAACAAUGGAACGGGUACACCAAGAACUGCGCGCUCCAACACGUUUCACAUUUGACUCAGCAGCUGAGCAUGUAUAUACUCUUUUACUUAAGAAAGAUUGCUACCCACGAUUCAUUCGCUCUGAGCACUACAAGAACCUUCAAGCUGCAGGAGUGCAACCUUCACAGAAGAAAAGGUUUUUUGGAUUUGGUGGUCCUACAAAGAAGAAAACCUCAACAAGCAAUGCUCCAAAUCCAUCUUCGCUACUGCAGCAGCAGGUUGUGACUUCACUCCAGCAGCAGGGCUUUGGAGCACUGGGGAAGCGCAGAGGAAGUGAUAGGAGCCUGUCAGGAUCAGUACAUGAGCUGACAAUGUCGGGAGUGAAGGACAUGUCCAACAGGGUUACUCACUCCCACAGCCAGUCCAACCUUAGUGACAUCCCAUACAGGGGUGAUCUGCCUUGUCAGUCGAAGGUUCCCUCACCACUUUGGUCUAGUCUAGAACCUGAUGGGGCAGCCCCUGUAGAGGUGGUGUCAAAAGUAUCCUUCAAACACAGCAGAAGAGGUGAAGAAAAUUCAAAGGAUGAUGUUUGUCCUUGGGACUUAGCCACAAAUAUGCCAACUGUUUCAUCUGAGGUCUCAUCACAUUCUGAGGGUGACAGAAAAAAGAGAAGCAGUAUGUCUGCUGCAACAGCAUCCUCUUCAAUGUGUGAAGAUUUAUAUCCCUGGGAUUCAGCAUCAAAUCAACCUUUGUCCUUGUCAGAACCAAGAACUUCACGCAAGAAUUCUAUGCAGAUAGAUUCUGGUAGCUCAUCCUCUGACAUUAGUGUUGCUGUAACAGAGGUUUCUGAUAGGCUGAAGAAGUCCUGUGGCCUAGGACAGCCAUGUCCAUUUGGUGCUUCAGCUGUGGAACCUGAGAAGAAUGUUCGCAUGUCAUCUGAGGAGCGUGUUAUUGCUAGGAUCCAGACAGUCAGAAAGUACUCCACAGCUUCCAUCAUUGGCUUAGGCUUGUCAGAAUCACGCAGAUCAUCUGUAACAACAAAGCUUCCUGGAAGUACUAGGCCUUCAGUGUCUUCCUCAGAGGACUUUGCUUUAGGAACACCUGCACAACGCUCCUUUGAUUUACCAGGUGCCACAACUGUGUGUUCAGAGACGCAGGACAGGACCAGUAAGAACAGUGAUGACCCAUGUUCGAGAACUUAUAAAAAACCUCGUAAGAGAUCUUCAGUGUCUGUGACCCCCCUCAUAAGUGUAAGUUCAGCUGUGGAUGAUACCGGUGAAGAAACUUGUACCAGUGAGACAUUGCAGGACCCACUUCAUAUGACAGAAGUUGAGGAAGUUGCUCCUAGUCAUGCAAGUGGUAAUGGUGAUAAGGCAUUACAUACAGAGUGUGUAGUGGCCUCAUGGGAAGAACAUGUUGAUUCUCAGGACAGGAAAAUCAACGAAAUAUGUCCAUGGGAAGAUGAGGAGAGCUGUAAAGUGGAUACACCAUUUGUGAAGACGUAUGCAACACUGGGAUACCUCUGAAAGGUUAAAUUAAUGGAAAUGCCAGUCAUUGAACAUAUGUUACAACUGUGUUCUAUCAUUUAAAUGUAGGCAACCAUUUAAUUUUCAUUGAUGAUCCUCAAUUUUAUAUUAUGUGUGAUGUUGGGGUAAAUGCGUUUGGUAUGCACUGUACAAUAGUUUUUUUUUUCUAUGGGAAAAGAAUGUUGCAGUGUGUGUCCAAUGUAACAUGAUCAGAAUGCACUAAUUAAACAUUAGAAAUUAAGUUUUAACCUUUUGCUGCCAGAAUUUUUAAGUAAUGGAAAUUCCUUUUAAGACAGUUUAUUCCUUCCAAAUAUUUAUAACCAAUUUUUCAGUUGCUACAUUAUUGCACUGUAUGAAAUUCUGUCAUUUUCAUCAGGAAGAAAUGUACACUGGCUUAUCAUUUUAGAAUAUUCUUUUGAUAAGCAAAAGUGAAUUGCCAUUAAUGUAAGUGCAAUAAUGUGUUGGCAUGCAUAUUUAAGUAAUAAUAAAAUUAUGGUACCCAUGUAGUACAAAUAUAUACGAGUA